UCAAUUCUUGCAUACAAAAAGUUGAUGACCAAAAAUAACCAAAACAACAUAGAACCCGAUUGACCAACACCUUGUGCCUCCAUCAAAUGCAAUCUUUCAUAUGGAUAACCAAAGAGCUUCGCGGUGGAUCUUUGGCACUGCUGCCGGGUGCCAAGCUAUUGGAGAGGAGUUCCGAUAUCUUGUCUGCCAAACUCACAAAACUGCAAUCUGCAAAUCCAAACAACAAUACUAACAACAACAACAACAACUACCACCACCGCCACCGCCACCACGAAACCAGUACCGAAGACUCUUCUUCCAUGAUUUCAGUCCUCUACUCUCUUUGGGAAACUCACGACCACAACGUUAUCGUGACCAUGAUGCUUUCUGCUUACACUUGGGCCAGUGGCCUCUACUCGUCCGUCCCUGACUACGCCGUAAUUGACGCUGCCUUGGGUCUCUGGACCCUUCUCCAUAUUUUUGUCGCCUCGACCUAUCUGACGGUGGCCGAUGCCUUUUACAAAAAGACCCUGUUGCAACUGCACUACAAAUUGAUCGCACCCCUUUAUUCCAAGCCGUUGUUGAUUCCCAUUGUCAACUUUUUCACCAUUUUGUUGACCGCGCGUCUCUGCUAUUACGCUUACCACCACGACGAAGAUGGCCGUGCUACCCUUCGCGCCGUCUUUGCCGUCCACACAUGGGCGUGUUCCAUCAUGAUGCAGAGAAUGUCCAGCAUGUUGGUCAAGUUGGGAGUCGACUACGCCAUGAAUGUCGAAAAGGACAUUGAAAAGCACGACAUUAAAGCAUGGAAGGCACCGCCCAAAUGGACCAGUUGGAUCUUUAGCCCACCGAACAUUGUUCUGCGCCCUGUCCUGACUGGGGCCGAAAACAUUCCUCACGACAAGCCAGGAUUCUACGUCAUGAACCAUGCUCUGUACGGACUCGAAAUGGCUCCCUUUGUCGCCACAGUCUACAACCAAACCAACGUCUUUUUGCGCGGUCUCUCGGAUCACUUUCACUUUGGACAAUUGCACGGAGAAAUGAUUCGCUUCUUUGGUGGCGUCGACGGAACACGCGACAAUGUCGACUGCUUGAUGGAGAACCAAGACAAUAUUCUGGUCUAUCCCGGUGGCGGCAAUGAAAUCAUGAAACCCUGCGACGUUCCCCGCUACACACUCAUGUGGAAACAACGACUGGGAUUUGCUCGCAUGGCCAUCAAGCACGGAUACCCCGUUGUCCCCUGCUGUUCCGUCGGAACCGAAGAUAUGUUUGACCGCAUCUUUGACAUUGACCUCGGGUUUAUGCGCAAGGGAUUCAAGGUCCCCGUCAGUGCUCCCAUUUUGCCUCACAAGCUCCAACGUGUCUACUUUUGGGUCGGAGAGCCCAUUCCCACGGCACACUUGAACGGCGAUUGGCAAAACGACGAGGCCGCACGGGAAAUUCGUGACAAGGUCAGGGCAUCCCUCGAGGCAGGCAUUCAGGAAAUGCUGGAAAAACAAGCCAACGAUCCCAACCGGUAUUUCUUGAAUCAUAUUGGCAACUCGGUUGCGGCUCUCUUUGGUUGUGGACCGUGUGCCGUCACCACCAAGACGGUCGAGGAUUCGGAACCCGUUCCUGCAUCCAAAAAGGCAGACUAAACAUGAGAAAAGAAAAACAACUGUCCAGGCGAGAACUUGUGUGUGGAGAUGCACCCCUUUUGACUACGGCAAGGAGUAGUUAAUAUACCAUGAAUUCAUAUUUUAGACAACAAUUUUUGAU